UUUCUUGCAUUGCAGGUGAUUUUGCUGAAUUGAUAUAUUUGUUAUGAAUAACGGAGAUUAUCUCCGCGCGCUGCUUGUUGAUCUCUUCAAAAAUCUUCAAACGGAGCAUGCUGAUAUCCUCGCUGCGUUGCAGGAAUGUUUGAAAGAACCGAAUUGGGAAAAAGAAGUCGGCAAUCCACGUCUGACGAGCAAAUUGUUGAAGACAGCCAUCCAUAGAUGUGGCCGGAGCGAGAGUCUACUCUUUGCCGUACUUGAACUGUUCAAGCAGUAUGCUGAAAACAUAUCCAAAUCGCUGAAGUUAGCAGUACUUUCCGAUCUCGGAUCAGUGUUGUUGCAAACAUCGAAUCCGAAAUUGUGGAUGAAUUACGCUGCAGUGAUGAAGAUUUGGUGGGAUGAAAUUAAACUUCCUGAUUUGGACACGAAAGACGACCUCGUGAAAGCGUAUAAAGCUCUCGAAAAUUUACUCAGUUGUGAUGAUAUGGAGAAUACGAAAGUCGGGGUUUCUCUGCUCCGAGAACUUCAUUCGAAGUUUCCCGAUGACGUUUCUCUUAAGGGAAUGAUUCUGAAAACUGUUCAAUCCUCGACAGUGUUCAACAAGUUGUCUGGAAAAGCAAAAAAAUUGUACGCUCCAGAAAGUGACCUAGAAGACAUCGAGGCGAUCGUCACAGUAUGGAAGACGUUAUUCGAAAUCCUCGGAGAAGAAACACUGAAUGCGAGGGUAUCGAAUCAGUUCCUAUCUGUGAUAGAUUCCUUGAGAUCAAGUCGAUUGUUGAAUCCAACUUUGGGCUGUCGAAUUAUGGGUGCCUACGUGGAGCUCAGUAGUGCAGAAACCUUGAAUGAAUCCAGACGACAAAAAUUGUUGGGUGCAACUUUCAAGACGCUACGCCCACGAAAUGAAUUCGAAAACGAAGAAUUCAAAAAUUUGGUCGUUGCGGUGGGGAGAAAGACGUCGUUCGAUGCUCUGGAUGAAAUUAUCGUGCAAUACCCUAAGGAAUGGGCUGAUUAUGUUGCGAACUGGGCUCAUUUGCACGCUCAGCGAAUCUGUGAGAAAGCGUUUGGACCCAUUGAAUGGAAUGAAUUCGGGAAGCUUGGUCAGAAGAGCUCGGAGUCGGUGAAAUUUGUGCACAUGCUAAACCACGUUGUAGGUUCCGUCGAUUUUGGGACGAAGAAACAAGGAGAACUGUACUUGUGGCUAUUAGUCAAAGGCUGUGAAUUGAUUGCCUCAGAAAAAUCCGUUGUUCCUAUUGGGAUGAAGCCAAUUGGUACAAUGGUGAUUGUGUUACUCGUUCAAACCUUGGAGCUUGUCAAGGAGCACGUCGGAAGUGAAGACUAUUCCGACGUGAUGGCACCGUUGAUCAGAGCAUUCCCUCGGAUGCCAAAUCACUACGAACUACAUGAAUCCGAAUGGGAAGAAGUUCGUCGCUUGACAGAAAACAUCGUUUCUUCCGGUGGCUUGAAAGCCCAAGAGAAGCAGGAAUUGAUGAAGACUUUGGGAAGUCUUCAUUGUGCUGUGGAUGAUAAUCAUGAUGAACCAUUUACUGAUAGUCUGCCAGAGGCCCCGAAAGCUGGAAUGUUUGUACAAAAAAAGCUGAAAUUCGGAGACGUGAUAGCAGAGAAAGCUAUUCCGACGGAUUUGAAAAACAAUGCUCCUGGUCUGUUGUUCGGUGACUCUCAUCGAGAAAUCGGUGGGAAUGCUCAUCGGGCUUCCAAUAAAAAGGAGGCAAAGGAUGACUUCCCAAGUGAAGUCGGGCGUCUCAGUGUUCGGAAGGCUGCCGGGAAGAUGGUGAAGAACACGGAAGAGGAGAACUUCGUUGUGAUCAACACUCCUCUGAGAAAUCGUCGAGGUCCUUUAACGGAGCAUCAAAAAGAAGUUCUCUCAGCCAGAAAAUGCGACAUACCGGCGAUGUAUUGUGAUUUGUCCCAGCAGUCAAUGCAGCCGGGAUAUUUGGACUCUGACUCUGUGCAAGAAGGCGGUGACGCUAAAAAAUCCGUAUCCAUGUCUGCUAAACCAUUUGAUGAGUUUGAGGACGAAUAUGCGAGGUCGAGUCCUCUUACGAUACAAGCCAAACAGGAAGCGGAUGCAUCAUUACCUGAUGAAGCUUCAGACGGAGAUGAUUGUAUUUUUGAGAAGGUUGUUAUUGUUGAGAAGAAAGGGAAACAGUCGCGGAAGCCGGCAGAGCCGAAACGUUUCGACAGAGCAGCAAAGAAACGAAAAUGUCCUUCAGAUUCCAGUCAUUCCGCUGAAAAGGUCUCAAAGCUGAAACUGAAAAUCGCCGUUUCUCAGCCCCUGCCAUCAAUGGAUGAAGAGGAUGUUGUGUUAGACUCCCAGGAAAUCCUCAAGAGAUCUCCGAAGAGGUCUUCAAGAUCAAUCCAACGGUUUAAUUCUGACCCAGCCUGGGAGAAGCGAGCUCGCGCCGAGAAAACCGAAAAGAUCAAUUUUUGUGCCAUUGAAUCGAACGGUGCGAAUCCAUCCCCAGAUCAACCCGUUGAAGAAGAGGAAAGUCCUAAGGAAAAAGAAGUUCCCGGCGAAGCAUUGGAGGGCAUAUUGAAAAACGUAGAAAAAACUACCUCGAAUCAGAACAAGAAAGGACGAGUGAGUUUCAACCCUGUUGUCGAGGAAGCCGUUUUUAAGCAGAUUGCGUCGUCGGAAUCUGCUCAAUCAGUCGCCGAAUCUCAAGAGAAUGCAUCAGGUGAUCAUGUGGAAAAUCCGACAGUUGUUUACGAAGAUACUCCAAUCGAACCUUCGAUCCAAGGGGAAGAGGACGAGAUAGUAGAUUCCACGUUGAUCGAUUCUGAGCAGUCAGUGACCAGUCUUCUGAAAUUCCUGACACCUCCGACGUGGGUGGAGACAUUUGGCGAUAAGCUCGACGACAUGGGCGUGAAGACGAUAGGAGACUUCUGCGCUCUGAAGAAAUUCCAGCUAAAAUCUCUACCGAUUGCUGGAAAAACGGCCGGAGUGCUCACCACCGUUCGAGAAGGAAUACGAAAAUGGAAACUGGCUUUGGAACAAGAACAGGAAGAAGCCGACUUCGACAUUCCAGAUCCUCCGAAGCUAAGCUCAACCUCGUCCGUCGAAUCCAUGGAAGUUGUUGAAGAAAAAUCGGAUCACGAAUCUUCGGUUGCUAAUGAAAAGAGGCCAGAAAGUGCAUUCGUUGAGUCCUUGGUCCAACUGGCUGAGGCGAAAGAUAUGAUACGGCCUAUUGAUGCGGCUGUUGAGCUUUAUCAGAAAUUGAAAGACGUCGAUGAUUGUUGGAGAAUAUUUUCGUAUCUCGGCACUUUCCAGUCGAAACUCGCUGAAAUGGCGAUUUCUAAAAAAAAUUGAUUCGUCCCUGGUUUCGAACUGACCUGGUUCGCAUGAAAGUAUUUUCCUCGUUUUAUACUUGAGUUGAAGAGUCAGUGCGUUGAAUUACGUUAAGUUUUGAAGUGAGCUUCUUUUGAAAUCGUGUGUUUGGUCUCCCGUGAGAUUUUGAUCAACUUCGAUGAUUUUUUUUUAAAUAAAGUAUUCGGAAUUA